AUGGAGGAGUCGGUUUAUUCAAGCUAUCCACCAGAGCUGUCAUCAGCACAGCAGAACUACCUGGUGACGGCUGUCAAAGACUGGGCCAUCCAGAAUGGCCUUGCAGUGCGACCAGGACCGGCGAUCCUGCCAGAAGGCAUAGACCCUAAUGGGGUUCUGGCAACCAAUGCCCCGGUUACUCUGUUUCCGAGUCCGUUUCCAAGGGCUUGCUUUGAGGAUGCAACAGCAUUACAGACUGUGUACAAUGAGCUAUAUGCUGCAAUCACCUGCAAUGAACAAUGGCUGGGGAAGAUCGUGGAAGAUCUAAUUGAUGUCGAUGACUUUGUCGCAAAUUUGUGGAAAGUGCAUUUAGCCGUCCAGAAGGAGGGCUAUGUGCAGAAUUUAUCCUUGGGUCUUUUCCGAUCUGAUUAUAUGGCUCAUAACUCUUCUGAUCAUGCACCCGCCUUGAAGCAGGUGGAAUUCAAUACAAUUUCCUCCUCUUUUGGUGGAUUGUCGUCCCUCGUCAGAGCGCUGCAUACAGAGCUCUUGACAUCACCGCCUGGGUCUCCGAUCAGCUACCCAUCUCACCCGCUGCUGGAAUCCAGUACUCCCCCUGAAAAUACCGCCGUGGAGACACUUUCAGCAGGAUUGGCAGCAGCACACAAAGCCUAUGGACCAUCAAAGUCUUCUCCGGCUCUUCCUCUUGGCGUCCUCUUUGUAGUCCAAGAAGGAGAGCGGAAUGUUUUUGAUCAGCUUGCACUCUUGAAACAGCUCACCGGAUUCCACAAGAUCCCUGUUUUCCGUGUUCUCAGCACAGAAGUCUUGAAUCAGACAUCGAUUCCCAGCUCCAACCCUGCCCGUCCAUUAAUCUAUCACCCUCCUCAUUCCCCUGCCUCGAUCUUCGAGGUUACAACAGUCUAUCUUCGGGCCUAUUAUGCGCCAGAUGAGUACAAAUCUAGCCGGGAUUGGGAUGCCCGGACCCACCUCGAGCGCUCAGCUGCUAUCAAGUGCCCCACGGUUCUCAACCAACUGUCUGGCUGUAAAAAGGUCCAACAGGUUCUGGCAGAGCCCACGGGGCCCGAUCAUCUGUCCAGUUUCCUGAGUGGAACGGACUCGACGGUCAUUGCGAAACUGCGCGAGACCUUUGCCCCACAAUAUGACCUCUCCUCGGUUGGCCAGGGUCGAGAUCUGGCCCUCAAUUCUGACACGGCCUUGAAGCAUGUUCUCAAGCCUCAGCGAGAGGGGGAGGCAACAACAUCUACAAAUCAGAGAUUCCUGGAUUCUUGCGAAAGCGAUUGGAAGGGAUGGGUUCUUAUGGAAUUGAUCAAUCCCUCUGCCAGUGCCAAGAACGUAGCCCUACGAAAUGAUGGGGAAGUUCUCCAGGGUCACGUCAUUUCGGAGCUGGGGGUGUAUGGCACUAUCUUGUGGGACAACACGGGCAAGAUCCACCAUAAUGAACAAGGGGGGUGGUUGUUGAGAACCAAAGGCAAGGAGGUAAACGAGGGUGGAGUGGCCGCUGGGUUUUCCAGCUUGGACAGCAUCCUUCUUUUUUAA